UCGAGGUUCUUUAACACAAGGUGCGUUUGCAUGACAUUUCUCGGCGUCGUGUCUUGGCAAUUCCUGUGCACCAUGAUGCCACGUCUGAUGCGAUGCCAUGGACAUGCGCCAUGGGGGUCGAUGCCAAGGUUGAUGCCAACUCAGACUGCAGACCACGGUGUCAGCCCGUACCACUGUGCUGGCUGUUUGAGUGCGGUAACAGUCAGCGUUGUUUGUGCCAGUCUUUGGCGAGUUGCCCCAGGGCAGCAUGUGUUGCGUGCACGGGUUUUCUUGCACGCCACAGGAUUGAAUCUGAAGGAUGAAGAGGAAGAUGAGGACGAGGAUGACGAUGAGGAUGAGGAUGAGGAGGAUGAUGAGUUGGAGGAGAAGGUUAUGAAUAUAGCCCAGGCUGUUUUAGAUGAGCUUAUUAGCUUCGCUCCAGUGGUUGGCCCUGCCAAAGAUGCAGUCCGUGCUUGGCAGGAUGGGCGGGUUCGGGACUAUUGUUUUCAUGCGGUCAUGGUGAUUUGUGACCUCACGCCAAUGGUCCUUGCAAGUGAGGCGGCAAGAAUGGCCAAACUUUCUUCACGUGUAGCCAAGCUGGUGAGAAAAGGUGAGAAGGGUUACUCCCUGAGAAAGGUGGCAAUUGCGGCCAAGAGAUUGACAAAGGAUGCUGAGAAGGCACAGAAGUUGACACCUGAGAUUCAAAGAGUUCUAAAGCUGAUCUACAAAGUUUGUGUCCGAGUGGAAAAAGAGGCUUCCUCUGACCAAUCUGACAAGGAGAAGCAGAAGCAGUGGCUGCUCCUCUAGUACUGACUUUGUUGGAUUCGCUAUGCUUCAUGGGCAUCGGUGAUGGACAGGUGCGAGAAAAGGCAUGCCAUCAUUUUUUGGAUGUUCUCUUCCAGACUCCAGGCCCUUUCUUUUUGUCCAGUGUGUUCUGGUCGAAUCAAAUGAGAAAAACUGCUGCUUGCUUUGGCCUUGCUCCAAUUACUUCUUUGUAGGUCUUGGUCAGCGAUGUUUGCCGUCCAACAAAUUGAUAUGCCCUGCCGUUGUUGCUUUUCGGGCGAUUGUCACCCAAAGCCUGGCG